CAGCUCUUCCUCACACCAACCUCCUCUCAGCUCCUUCUGCUCCUCCUUGUCGUCGUAGACUCACCUCCUUCAGCUCUUCAGCUUUCCAAACAUGGCGGCGCUGUGGCUCCAGACUGUCUCUCUGCUCCUCCUAGUGGCCGUGUCGUUGUCGGGCUCUCAGCCUGUGGCUCAGCACCUGUGCGGCUCUCACCUGGUCGAUGCCCUCUACCUGGUCUGUGGGGACAGAGGCUUCUUCUACAACCCCAAGAGAGACGUGGAGCCUCUGCUGGGUUUCCUUGCUCCUAAAGUGGGCGGAGCCACGGCAGGUGGCGACAACGAGGUGGCUGAAUAUGCCUUCAAGGACCAGAUGGAGAUGUUGGUGAAGCGAGGCAUCGUGGAACAGUGCUGCCACAACCGCUGCAGCGUCCCCGAUCUGCAGAACUACUGCAACUGAGAGGCCUGGUCCCGUGGGACUCGGUUGCCCAACGUCUGCCCCCGUCCGGCCCCGGAAAUGACCGACACUGCUGACGGAAAGUGCCGAAGUGCUGAGAAAAAUGAAGCAAAUUAUUUUUGCUAGAAAAUAAACUUUUCUGAAUGAGUAAAAAAAAAAAAA